GGCAGGGGGUCUCUAUCGCACUGCCCGUCUACGCGGGUUCGCCAUGGCAACCGCGAAGCCAGUGGCGCCGGUGCCGCUCCCACGGGCCGCCGCCUACCCGCGAAUUCUUCCACUGCGCCUACCGCGGCGCCAAAGGGCAGGAAUUUCGAGGGCCUCGCCUCCUCCCGCCACCUGCAGCGGGGUCGCCGGAGGCGAGCUUCCUGCCAGGCUCCAGCCGAACGCGCGCCGGCCGCUCUGGCACGGCGGCGGGUUCAGCCUUGGCGUGGACCUGGGCGCCGCACGCACAGGGCUCGCCGUCGGCCGUGGCAUCACCCAGCCCCGUCCCCUCACCGUUCUGAAGCUGCGGGGCCAGAAGCUGGAGCUGAUGCUGCUCGAUGUAGCUCAACAGCAGGAGGCGGGCGAGCUGAUCAUCGGGCUGCCGGUCUCGGCCGACGGUAGAGAGACGCCGCAGUCCAACAAAGUGCGGAGCGUCGUCGGAAGGCUUGCCGUCCAAGCGGCCGACAGGGGCCUGAGGGUUUAUCUGCAGGAUGAACAUGGAACAUCAGUGGACGCCCUCCAUUACAUGAUCUCAAGGGGUGUUAAGAAGUCUGCCCGUGACGACAAAUCUGAUGCGUAUGCUGCUGUGAUGAUUCUGGAUAGAUACUUCUCGUCAUCAGGUCAAGGCGCUCAGAUUGUUCUUCCUAGGCAACAGGAACUGCAGGACAAAUUAAUCGCAAAACCAAGGCAAGAUGCUGAAAUUUAGGAAUGGGUGUCCACCAUUUCCAACUUUAGACAAGACACUGCCUACUGCUAGUAGAAUUUAACCAUUGUGUUCUGUUAGAGAGGGCUUUACAUCCUGAACAUAUAAUACGAUCAGCUAACUUCAAUUGACUAUGCAAUCUCAUCUUUAGCUCUCUUAUGGAUUCUGUAUCUACACUUCGUUUUCGAGAUACAUAUGUACCUGAUUCAUAGAUCUCUAGAUUAACGUUAUGAUGAAC